AUGGGACCAGCGGUGUCCGGGCGCAGCAGCAUGCUGAAAGAGUCUCCUAUUGCCAUUGUUGGCGGUGGCUUGGCUGGUUUAACCUUGUCCAUCGGGCUUUCUCACAACAACAUCCCACACAAGAUCUAUGAAUCUGCUUUGGCUUUUUCAGAAAUCGGAGCGGGUAUCGCCCUUGGGCCGAACAGUGUGAAGGCCUUGGAACUGAUAGACUCGGCCAUUGGCGAAGGAUUCAAGAAAUGCGUGACGUACAAUGAAGGCGUCGAUGCCGACGACAAUGGGAAUGGCACCGGCCCCAGAAGCAGCGAAUGGAUGGAUAUUCGGAUCGGGAUGAAAGACAGUUUCAACACCUUGAUUACCACAGUUUCGCAUAAAGGUUCGAAAGCCCCAGGCCGAGCAUGUUUUCAUCGCGCAAAAUUCCUCGACGAAUUGAUCAAACUGAUCCCAGCGGACACGGCUCAAUUUGGCAAGAGCUUGACGGCCAUAAAAGGGGACGAAGGCCGCGAGGGAAACCUGAUUCUUCAUUUCGCCGAUGGUACGACCACGUCGGCAUCAGCCGUCAUUGCCUGUGAUGGCAUUAAAUCGAGGGUACGACAGUCGUAUAUCUUAGCUGAUGACCCCGACCAGCCUGCCGCCCAUCCACAGUUCGCCAACGAGUAUGCAUAUCGGGGUUUGUAUACAAGGGAACAGUUCGUGUCUCUAACACAGGGGCAGCUCACACCCGGAAAAGGGACAUUAUUUUGUGGCAACGACGGAUACAUCGUCAUGUAUCCGGUCGAAAAGGGCCGGUUUAUGAACAUGGUGGCCGUGAAACGAGUAUCUCCGAGCUCUGGAGUUGGAGGACAACCUUUCAUGGCCCCAAAGGCGGGUGACACGAAUUGGGUCCAGCCGGUUGACAAAGCUACCAUGCUCGGAGACUUUGCAGACUGGGGAGAGUCCAUCCAGGCAUUGCUCUCUCAGAUCCAGCGCCCGGAACGCUGGGCACUGUUUGACCACCUGCCAGCACCGACGUAUGUAAAAGGCAAGGUCGUGAUCCUGGGUGACGCUGCCCACGCCUCGACGCCGCAUCAAGGUCAAGGUGCCGGGAUGGCCUUCGAAGACAGUCUGAUCUUGAGUGGCGUACUGUCGAAGGUCCUCGGGCCUGAUCCAGAAAUCCCCACGGAGACGAGAGCGUCGGACUCUUCCAUUGAUGCGAAAAUCGAAGCGUGCUUCCGCGCUUACGAUACAGUGCGUCGGCCUCGCACACAAGAAGUGUGCAGGACGAGCAGAGAGAUGGGGGAGAUGAUCGAGUUCACUUUGCCUGGGAUUGGAAGAGAUCUGACAAAGAUGAAGUCUAAUCUAGACAAGAGAAUGGACUGGAUCUGGGAUCUAGACCUGCAGGCUGAGGUGCAGCGAGCAGUAGACAUUGCUGAAGGGAUUCUCAGAGGCACCGAGGCGGAAUCAAUUUGA